ACGCACCGCUUGCCGUAAGCGCGGUGAAGCUUGGGUAAGACAGGGAGAGCGGGAUAUCUAUCAGCAAAUUUAUUAAAAGCUAGUUAUAUUUAACAUUAAUCAAGUGAGUAGUGUGCAUUUAGUCGUAUAAAUAAGGCUGAAGUUUGGUAAAAACAAAGGUGUUUGGCAGAUAAUACCGUUGACUCAGUUAACUGUUGUGUUGUAGUAUUGCGUUUAAAGCAUUACCCGGGAAAGUGGUUUGAACAUUUGUUUUUGGUUAGCCCCCCUUUUUAGCGCUUCAGCAACAAUGGCGAAGGUACAGGUGUUGAAUGUUGCUGUUCUAGAUAACCCGAGUCCCUUUGGAAACCCUUUUCAGUUUGAAAUUACGUUUGAGUGUAUGGAGGACCUCCCCGAAGACCUGGAAUGGAAGAUCAUCUACGUUGGCUCAGCAGAGAGUGAAGAGUAUGACCAAGUCCUGGACUCCGUCUUGGUCGGCCCAGUACCUGCUGGCAGACAUAUGUUUGUGUUUCAGGCUGAUGCCCCGAACACUGGAUUGAUUCCUGAAAGUGAUGCUGUUGGUGUAACUGUAGUGCUAAUUACCUGCACAUACCGUGGCCAGGAGUUCAUUCGCAUUGGUUACUAUGUGAACAAUGAAUACACAGACCCAGAGCUUCGUGAAAAUCCACCGAUCAAGCCAGAUUACACGCAGCUCCAGAGAAAUAUUCUGGCAUCAAACCCACGUGUUACCAGAUUCCAUAUAAACUGGGAAGGCUGUGCAGAGCGAAUGGAAGACUCUGAAAAUGUGGAUCCCACAUCAAACUCCAUGCUCCCUCCAUCCUGUCUACCAGGCAAGGCCCCACCCUUGGGGAUACUACCAGAUAACUCUAUGGACUGCUUAUAGAGAUGACCCCUGCCCCAAAGGUGAUAACUUACAGCACAAGACCUUAUUUUUGAAGAAUGCCUGUGGACAUUUCUAGAGUGGAUGUACAGACAUCUUUGCCUUAAAGCUGCCCUUAUUUACCUGAAGCAUGUCAAAAAUGAACUCUCACCUUGGGCUUCAGAUGAGGACGAUUAUGAACACCUUACUGGUAUUAUCAUCACUUAUAGAUGGGGAGUUCCUUGCCAUGAUGUUGAAAGCAAUAUUGGAAGUAGUUUAACUCACGGAAGGGAAAACUGUAACUAUGAAAAUAUACAGCUGAACUGAAACAGAACAGAAAGCUGAUGUGUGAUUCACCUUCCUUCCUUUUGUUGGUGCAGAACUGAUUUAUACCCAUUUAAGAGGAUUUCAGAACUGAAGCAAUAGGCAAAUAAAUUGCAAUAUGUUGCUGUACAGGAAUUUGAUAAUCUGUCAUUAUAGUUGUGUUCAAAUUCCUUUUGCACUUAAACCUUUUCCCACUUAGAUUGUGGAGUUUUGGAUGGGCUUUGUAUGGGCUAUAUCACUUCCUCCAUGUUUUGUUUUUUGCAAUUUUGUGUUCCAAAUAAAAAAAACAUUGUAUUUGUUA